AAGCAAUUUUUAUUAGUUAAAUCCAUGGGCGUGUCGAUGCAAUUUCUAGGAAGUGCAAUGGGCAUGGUAGCAUUAGCAUAUGCACGUUUCCCCCUUUUUGUUUCUCUAUAAUUUGAAUCUAACUCCCUUCCACUACCACCAUGAAACUUCCACGAUUCCGAAUCGGUUGAGAUUGAGCUUGUUUUUUCGAGGGGUUUCUUCUUCCCUCCAGAAUAAUGUUGUGCGAAAUCGAAUGUCUCCAACACGUGUCAAUCCCAACAAAAGAUCUCGAUACAAACGGAACAAUUCCCGCAAGUUCAAUCGUGAAACCAUGAUUGGAAUUGUUCACUCGGUAAACCGGUUUGGGGUUUUUUUAAAAUCGGGACCUAUGAAAAUUGUUUAUUUAUCAACAAGAAAAAUGCCAAAUUAUUAUUAUGUGGAUGAGGGUGAACCGGGUUUUUUGAGUAAUGAUAUGUCGAGGAUUGAGAAGGAUGUUGUGGUCCGGUUCGUGGUUUUUGCUACAAGAUGGAACCAGAGGACACGUGACAUUAGGGUAUUGGCUAGUAUUGAAGGCGAGUCACUUGGACCGGUUAGUACGGCCGGUUUGGAUGGGUUCGAGGUGUAG